UCUUCUGCUUCCAUCUUUUCCUGUUUUCCCCUGCUUUUGCUUUUACAUUUGCAGGUAGUGGGUUGUGUAGUGCGUUGUUAUUUUGCCUGUUAUUUUUCGUGACAGAUCACAUUACAAAGCACUUCACCAUGGCGUGGGUAUCUCCGUUAGCUAGAAUAGGUGCAUCCACUCUUCUCAAAGCGCGUUCGCAAAGUCUUCCAGCGGCUCUUUACCAUGAAAAGGUGAUUGAUCACUAUGAAAAUCCUCGGAAUGUUGGAACCCUCGACAAGAAAAAAUCCUCAGUUGGUACUGGAUUGGUGGGAGCACCAGCAUGUGGUGAUGUCAUGAAACUUCAGGUGGAAGUGGAUGAAAAUGGAAAGAUUGUUGAUGCUAAAUUUAAGACCUUUGGUUGUGGAUCUGCAAUAGCGUCAUCAUCCUUAGCAACAGAAUGGGUGAAAGGAAAAACGGUCGAUGAAGCAUUGAAACUCAAGAACACAGAUAUAGCCAAGGAAUUGUGCCUACCGCCUGUGAAGCUUCACUGUUCUAUGUUAGCUGAGGAUGCCAUCAAAGCAGCUUUGGCCGACUAUCGUAUCAAGCAGGAAUCAUUGAAAAAUCAGUCUCCUUAAAUCGUGAAGAAACAAACUUUCAUUUAUAUUUAGUUAAGGAUUGUACUAUUGUGAUAUUCUGUGUGAUCUGUAUAGAAUGAAAGGUCUUACAAGCUGGUUUAAUGAAAUAACUUGCUUUCUUGCGUUGCUUCGCAGCAAAAAUAGUUUCUUUUACUGGGAGGGGAGAACCAUUUGAUGUGUGCAUGAUUCUAUGGUGUUGUUUGUACAAAGAGUUGUGCCAUAAAUAAAAUUAAUACUGAGGAGAAUAAGAA